AUGAAGGGUGGGUUUGAGAGGUUCCAUACAGCAACCACACAGACAGGGCUUGUGGGAGGUGUCCUUCCCUGCCUGACCCUCUCCCUUUUCUCCCCAGCUUCUUUCUUUGGGGACAGCUACGUGGAGAUGCCGCUGGUGGACGCCUCGCGCACAGUGCGACUGCACCUCCAGCUGUACACCAGCCAGGGAAGUGGGCUGCUCUUCCUGGCUGCUGGCCAGCCUGACUACCUCCUGCUCCAGCUGAGAGCUGGCAGCCUGCAGGCCAGGCUGCGGCUGGGCUCAGAGGAGGUGAUGCUGCAGUCACCAGCAGAGCUGCAGCUCAAUAACCUGGCGGUGCACGACGUGAAGCUGCUGGUGGAAGAUGGCAGGAUGAUGCUCACCAUCGACGGCCUCUUUAACAGCUCCGCGGACGUGGCGGGGCCUGUACGGGAGCUGGACAUCCAGCACGGCCUCUUUGCUGGUGGAAGAGGCAGCCUUGACCUACCAUACCUUGCUGAGGCCAGCUCCCCCUUCAGAGGCUGCCUCCACUUAGUGACUUUCAAUGGCCUGGAUGUCCUCUCCCCUCCGUCCUCUGAUGGCAGCUCCAAGAUCUUCCACCGGGUCCAGGAAGGGUGCAGCACACAGUUCUCUGCGGAGCCCGAUGACCCCUUUGGGUUCCCGGGGCCACACUCCUACGUUGCGUUUCCCACCUGGGAUGCAAGGGAGGAAGCGACCAUCGAGUUUGUGAUAACCACCAGCAUCACCCAGGCACCCCUCAUCUACCAUGCCGGGCUGGAGAACGACUUCUUCUACCUGGAGAUCUCCAACGGGCGCCUGAGGGGGUUUGUUGAGAAGGGCAAUGGCAUCAUCGUCCUGCACAACAACGUCUUCAUCAGCGACGAGCAGCAGCAUUACGUCAAGGUCUACACAGACGUCCACAAGUUUGAGAUACUGAUAGAUUACUACGCCUCAUCCACAUCCAACCGGGGCAUCAACAACUACCUGGACCUUCAGGGAAACCUCUUCAUUGGAGGCAUGAAUGAAAAAGCUUUGCAGAGGCUGAAGGAGCACCACCUUGCUUUCAUCUCAGUGUGGACCAUGGCCAACAACUCCUUCGUUGGCUGCCUGGAAGACCUGCGGAUAAACCUGCAGAGGAGGAGCCUGCAAGAUGCUGUGAUCACAAAAGACAUCACUGCAGGCUGUGGGAAGCAGGAGCACUACUGGGACUACGAAGAGACGUAUGAGCAGGAUGACGCACAUACCUCCCCACCUCCAGAUACCUGGUCAGGAGCACCAGGCCUGGCGGCGGAACCGUGCCGGCCAGACAGCAGCUUCCCCCCUGCCUUCGCCAACAUCAGCAGGCUGCUUCACGUCAGCCCCCUCAUCGUCUCCGAAGGGGGCACGGCCUAUCUGGAGUGGAAACACACCCAGCCAACUGUAGACCUGAGCCUCGCAAGCAUCCGGCAGUCCCAAAUCCUCUUCAGCAUCACCAACGACCCCAGGCACGGCCAGCUGGAGCUGGACAUUCCUGGGUCAAGGAGCAGAAGAAAGUUCACCCUGUUGGACAUUGUGAACAGGAAAGUCAGAUACGUCCACGAUGGCUCCGAGGGGCCCAUGGACCAGCUAAUGCUGGAGGUGACAGUGACCGCCCAGCAAGGGGUCCCAGAAUGCUUGCGGCAGGGGCAAAUGUACCUGCUGCCCAUCAUGAUCAACCCCACCAACGAUGCCCCGCAGGUGAUCUUUCCCCACGGGAACCACAUGACAAUCCUGAAGCACACGCGGAAACACCUGACCACAGACGUCCUGCAGGUCCUAGAUGAUGACACAUCCUGUGAUGAGCUUGAAUUCCAGCUGCAUGGUGGCCAGCAGAUGGAGGAGGGUUAUGUAGAGUAUGACUUUCACCCUGGAGUGCCCAUCGAAGAGUUCUCCUGCAGGGAUCUGGAAGCAGGCAACAUAGUCUACGUGCACCAGAGUGGGACGAACUCGCAGCUCACCUUGCAGGUGAACGAUGGCACAGUCCCAAGCCCUAUUGCCACCCUGAGGAUCCUUGCCAUCGAUCCUGACAUCCGCCUGCGUAACAACACCGGCCUCUCCACCUCCCAGGGAGGGGCUGCACGCAUCACCACGGCCAACCUCUCAGUGGAGACCAAUGCAGUGAACCAACAAGUCGCCAUCCUCUAUGUCCUCACGGAGCCCCUGAGGUAUGGCGAGAUCCAGAAGCAAGGCAGCAUGGGAGGGGAAUGGAAAAAAGUCGAAUCCUUCCACCAGCAAGACCUGGAGCAAGGGCGCAUCCAGUAUUUUAGCACAGACACAGAGCACCACCUGGAAGAUGUUGUGGAGAAGCUGCAAUUUGAAGUCCAAGUGGGACAGAAGGUCUUGCAAAACAACACUUUUGUCAUAAGGAUUAAAAGAGCCACCAUUAAGAUGAGGACCAUGGUCCCCCUCCAGAUGAAGAACAAGCGGCACAGAAAUAUCACCAGUAAGGAGCUGGAGGCGAUGCUGGAAGAUCCAAACUCUGCUCCAGUCCCUUUCCACUAUGUGAUAAUCCAGGCUCCCAAAAAGGGAAAUCUGGAGCUGCUCGGCAACAGGCUGACUGAAGGUUUUGGGUUUACCCAAGACGACCUGCAACAAAACCACCUGAGCUACAGCGCCACCAUCAGGAACUCCCAGCAAGCUGAGGACACCUUCCAGUUCCGUGUCCGCAUUGGGGAGCAGCAUUCUCCUGUCUACACCUACACAAUCAGCAUCGGUGGAGACCCCGAUGCACCAGCUCUGACCAACGUCCUUCUGACCGUGCCGGAAGGGGGACAAGCAGUCAUCUCCAAAGACCACUUGUUCGUCCAGAGCAUGAACAGCAUGGACUACCUCUACGAAGUGAUUGAGGGGCCCGCACAUGGGAGGCUGGCCUGGGCUGCAUCCCACGGCUGGGCCUCCAGAGAGGAGAUCACAGAGUUCACCAACGAUGACAUCCUGCACCGCCGUCUGCUGUACCAGCACGACGACUCUGAGACGCUGGAGGAUGACAUCCCCUUUGUGGCGACGCGGCAGGGCGAGGGCAGCGCUGAACCCGAGGCAGAGGAGGUGAGAGGCGUUUUCAGGGUCUCCAUCCAACCCAUCAAUGACCACGCCCCGGUCCAAGUGGUGAACAAGGUCUUCAACGUGGUGCGCAACGGGCAGCACCUGCUGACGACAGAGGACAUUGCCUUCAGCGACAAGGACUCUGGCUUCUCCGACACGCAGCUGGUGCUGGCAAGGAAGGACAUCUUGUUUGGCAGCAUCGUCUAUGUUGAUGACAGGAGCCACCAGGUCUACCGGUUCACACAGGAUGACCUGAGGAAGAAGAAGAUCCUCUUUGUCCAUUCAGGGGCUGACCGGGGCUGGAUUCAGCUACAGGUCUCAGAUGGCCUCCACCAAACCACGGCCCUCCUGGAAGUGCAGGCAUCAGACCCCUACAUCAAAAUAGUCAACAACACCGGUCUGGUCAUCCCCCAAGGCAGCCAGGGGAGCAUUGACUCUUCUGUCCUCAGCCUGGAGACCAACAUGGACAUUAGGUCAGACGAUGAGAUACGAUUCCUGAUAACAACCCCUCCAAGGUGGGGGACCGUGCUGAGAGGGGAGCAGCCGGUCAUGGCUUUCUCCCAGAGGGACCUGCUGGCAGGAGAGAUCUCCUACCGCCACAAUGGGAGCAGGAAUAGCCGGGAUGAGCUCCAGUUCACUGUAGAAGCAAACGAGGUAUCAGUGGAGGACACACUGGCCAUCAGCGUGUUCUUGGACACACAUCCCAGCCCCUUGCGCAUAGUCAACCGCAAGGAAAUCCACGUCUUCCAGGGGGAAGCAGCUGGGAUCAAGGAGCAGUACUUACUGGUGGCCCAUGAAGAGAUCCCUCCCCAGGACAUAGUUUACCAGGUGAGCAGCCCCCCAGCCUCUGGCUUCCUGGCAAUGCUUCAGCACGAAGAGGACGCAAACGAGCAGCCCAGCCUGGACCCCAUCCAGUCCUUCACCCAGGAGGACAUCAAUGAUGGCAGGGUCCUCUACCUCCACUCCAAGCCGGACGAGGAGCGUGACCAGUUUGUCGUGGACAUCACAGCCCGUGGUGUAGAACCACUGCAAGGGGUGGUGGUGAGCCUGGUCAUGCUCCCGAUUGCCAUACCCCUAGAUGUCCGCAACAUCACGGUGCCCGAAGGUGGCUCUGCUACCCUCUCCACAGGCAUCCUCAGCAUCCCCAACCCAUACUACACGGCUCUUGGUGUGGAGUUCAGGGUGCUCGAGCCCCCCCGGUUUGGCACCCUCCUGAAAAGCGAGCGGCCUGAGGACGGCGAGCUGCAGGGUUUCACCUGGACUGAGGUGCAGCACCAGCAGAUCCAAUACAGGCAGGAUGGUCCCCGGGCACGAUCCGACAGCUUCACCCUCUUGGCCAACGCCUCGUCGCUGGAACGGCAGAGCCAGGCCCGGACAAUCUUCAUCUCCAUCCUGCCCCGCAGCUCCAGGGCGCCUCGGCUGCGGCUCAACGCCGGGCUGCAGCUGCGGGAAGGCACCACGGCUGCCAUCGGUCCCCACAUCCUGAGCGCUGAGGACGAGGACUCCCCGCCGGAGGAGGUGACCUACUCCAUCCAGCCCCCGGCCAAUGGGAAGGUUGUGCUGAGGUCAGCACCCAGCUCUGAGGUCCAGCGGUUCACCCAGGCCCAGAUAAACGAUGGCCUUGUCCUCUUCAUGCACCAAGGGCCCCUGGAUGGAGGCUUUGCCUUUGACCUGUGGGAUGGAGAGAACUUGUCUCCUGGGCACUUCUUCCUCGUUAGGGCUCUCAGAGAGCCCCUCAUCAGCCUGGCCAAGAAGCAGAGCCUCACUGUCUGCCCAGGUGCCCUGCAGCCCAUCACCAGCCAGAACCUGCAGGCAGUGAGCAACAGCCCUGCUGGCUCCACCACCCUCUACUACAGCAUCGAGCAAGCCCCACGCCUGGGCAGGCUGUGCAACUCCCAGGGAGAGGAAAUCAGGAACUUCACCCAAGCCCAGGUGGACAGUGGUUUGAUUUUCUACCAGCACGAGAUGCCAGAGAAGCCCUUCUGGCUUGCCCAAGAUGCCAUCCGCUUCCGUGUGGUCGCUCCCACAACCAUCUCAGAUUCCUUCAUCCUCCUUGUGCUGAUCUCCUUUGAGGCCAAGUGUCCCCAGCGCUCGACUCAGCUAUGGAGAAAUGGAGGUCUCCAGCUUGGAAGGGCUCAACGGGCUGAGAUCGACACCACGGUGCUGGAUGCCUCCAACCUCCUUAGCCAAAUCCCAGCCCCUGAGAGGGCUGCACACGAUGUUACCUUCCUGGUGACAGGGCUGCCAGCUCAUGGGCAGCUCUUGGUGGGUAAUGUGCCCCUAGAUCGGUCACGGCCGUCCUUCCUGCAGUCAGACCUGUCCACGGGACGCCUGGCUUACACCCAUGGUGGGGACAGUGUCUCUGAAGACCAUUUCAGAUUCAAGGCUUGGCUCCAGCCCCGGGCACAGCAAUCCAUUCGCCCUCCCCAGGAAGGAGUGGUCAUCUCUGAAGCUUUCACUAUAAUGGUGACAACCAGCAGCAGCAGCAGCAGCCCACUACAGGUGGUGAGGCGACAAGAAGUGCUGCGGGUCCCACCAGGUUCCAUGGUGACCUUGUCCCAGGAGUACCUGGAUGUAGCAGACCCAUCAGGUCCCCCAGAGGAGAUGGUGUACAGUGUCCUUCAGAGACCUCUUGUUGGCCACCUGGCCAACGCCCACAACCCACGGGAGCCCAUCAACCGCUUCACCCAAGCAGAUGUCAACGCAGGCCACGUGGUGUUCGUCGCCAGCAGGAGCCGUGCCAAAGGCUCAUUAGCCCUGAGCCUCUCCAGUGACCACCACCCCCCCGCCCUGACCUCGCUGGAGGUUGAGGUGCUGUCUGCAGUCAGCACUGCUGCCAGCCCACUGCUGCUAGAGGUGCCUCAAGACCUGAACAGGGCCUCUAUGUCCCACCAUCACUUCCUGGGAGCCACACAGCCGAGGGGUGCAGGCAAUGCACAAUACAGGAUCAGCAGGGAGCCAAGAUUUGGCCAGGUGCAGGUCAACGGCAAGCCGGCACGGGGCUUCUCGCAGAAGCAGCUGGACCGUGGGGAGGUGACCUUCACCUUCACAGACUUCACCUCUCCUCAGGAUGACUUCCAGUUCCUCCUCACGUCACGGGCAGCCAACAGGACCGGGGUGGUGAAUGUGACCGUCCGUGCCUUGGUGAAGGCUCAGCCAGGCAGUGUGUGGCCCAGGGGCACCACAGCCCUCCUGGACACCAGCAUCCUGGAUGCCAGCGAGCUGGCCAACCGCACCAGGAGCACCCCGCUCUUCACAAUCCGCAGGGCCCCCCAUGGCAGCCGCCUUGUCAGGGUCUCCAGGGACCCAGGGCAACCCACAACCCCAAUCGAGGCCUUCAGCCAGAGCGAGCUGGAACAAGGGCUGGUGGGGCUGGAGGUGCUGGAUGCUGGCGAGACCAACCAGCCCCUGCAGAGCGACAGCUUCGUCUUUGAGCUGACAGCUGCCGGUGUGCCACCAGCGCUGGCAUCCUUGGGCUACAGCACUGAGCCCUACAACGCCUCAAAAGCCUAUGGUGUCACCCUGCUCAUGGCCCCCCUGGCACCCUCACCCCUUGUGCCCCAGCCUCAUGGCACAGCACGGAGCAGCCCCAAUGCCAGCGAGCUGGGCAUGUCCCCCACCGCCUGGCCAGGCCGUGGCGCCACCACCAGCCCCAGCCCCACGGAGGGGGGCACUUUCCUCAGCUUCAUUGAGGCCAACAUGUUCAGCAUUAUCAUCCCCAUCUGCCUCAUCCUCCUCCUGCUGGCCCUCAUCCUGCCCCUGCUCUUCUACCUGCACAAGCGCAACAAGACAGGCAAGCACCACGUUCAGGGCACCCCCUCCUCCAAGGUCAAGAACGGGGCUGUGCCGGACCAGGAGACCUUCCGGAGAAUGGACCCCAACCAAGGCAUCCCCCUAACGACUGUCAACACCCUGGAGGGCAAGGGCACAGGUGUCCCACCCCAGGGCAAGGGUCCUGGGGCACCGCCAGACCCUGAGCUCCUCCAAUACUGCCGGACUUCCAACCCCCCCUUGAAGAACAACCAGUACUGGGUGUGAAGUGCUCAGGCAUGGGGGCACAAGACCACCUGGUUGGUCCGGACCCUCCCAGAGUGCUGCCCGCCACCCCCUCCCAGCUCUCCUCCUCCUCCUGGGAGCUGGAAUCCCACAGAUGCAGGAGGGCCAUGGGGAUAAUGGGGGCUGCUGGUCUGGCCCACCCAGGAGGCCCAAAUCUCCGGGUGGCUUUGGGCAGGGGAGGGGGGCACUGCAGAAGUAAGCAGAGGUGGGCAAAAUGCCUGGGCAGCCCUGGGGAAUGCUGACUUCAGGUGCUCGUUUGGGCCACCCAACAGUGGCCACAGUGCUGGAGGGGACUUGAUGGCACCAGUGCCCACCGAGCCACCCCGGCAGGUCUGGUGGUGGUUCCUUCAUGACCAGCAGCGACUGCUAUAGGGGGGUGGGGGGUGUUUGCCACAGGGAGGAUGAAGAGCAGCUCGUGCUGAGUCAGGCUGAGGACGAAGCUGCCCAAAUCCCCCAGGGCUAGGCAGGCUGAGACACUGGAGCAGAGGCUCGGAAAAAACUCUGUGGCCAAUGCCAGGGGAAUUUAAGGAGUUCCCACCCACUUGGAGGAGAAAAAAACAAGAAACCCAAACCAACACAACCAGCCUGGCUCUUUCUCUGCGUGCCUGCUGCCUGUUUCAUAGAGCAGGUCGCACCGAGCCCCGUGGGAGGUGGGCUGCACACACAGGUAGGAGCCCUCUUGGCUGGGAGGGAUGGCAGGAGCUCACCUGGGCAGCAUGAAACCAGAGAGGAGAGCGGAGAACCCGAGCCAGCCAGGUUUUCCACUGUAUACUCCCCUAGGGCAGAAGUAAACAGAAUAAAGAGCCUU